GAUCUUUUUUUGGUGUUCGACUGUUUUCUAAUUUAAAUAAGGAAAUAAAAUAGUUUCUUACGUAAAGUCUCUGUCUGAGUUAGAGUGUUUAAACUAUUCAUAAACAAGCGUAACUGUGAUUUGAUCAUUCUUGGAGUGAGUGUAUGAAUAAUCUCCGAUGAGCGGAUUUGCUUCACAGAUUCCAUCCAUGGCGCUUCUCGGAUCAGGCUUCACCAGCGAGGUUGGAUUACGAGUACUGCUUUCUCCUCUUGGUUCCAAUAUCGUACUUCGUACCGCAUGCUGUUCCAUUGGCAUCGGGUUGCCAGUAUACUCAACUUUCAAGGCAAUUGAGAAUAGAGAUCAGAGUGCACAACGAAAAUGGCUUAUUUACUGGGCGGCUUAUGGUUCUUUCAGCCUUGUUGAAGUGUUCACGGACAAGCUCAUUUCUUGGUACUAUUGGACAUCUCAAAACGACAUCACAGGCAAUGGAACUGCACCACCACCAAGCGGACGACAAGAAGAAACACCAAACAUUAGCCCUGAACCAGAACCAUCAACAGCAACAAUACGAGACUUGGAAGAAUCUGAAUCCGAUCACGAAGACUAAUAAAACAAACAAGUGUAGCAUCAAGUAUGGUAAUCACUAUUACACAAAACGUCAAAUGGUUGUAUGGUCAUCAUGGUCACGUAAAUCUCAAAUAACUUCAGACUGGUUUACAAAUAACUAUUUUUUAUAAUACGUUAUCAAGUUGCAUGUC